AAGUGUAUUCCUUAGUACUGCAGAGUUUGACACAAGUUGUAGACAUAGCAUACCGGUUUGUAAGAUGAACUGGACACUUUGGGCGUUGGCUUUCUGUGCUUUCUUAUUUGAUUCUAUGAUUGAAGCCUGUACCCCUUGUACCUGUAGACGGUCGGUGGAAUGCUCUGGACAAUACGCAGAUUGCAGGCAAGAAAGUUUAACAGAAGUACCUUCCACACUCCCCAUCGACACAUGUUUUUUAAACCUUUAUUCGAACGAGUUUACUACGAUAGAGAACACCACCUUUUCUGGCUUGUCGAACCUGGAGGACUUGUUCCUAGACGGCAACAGAAUAACCACUAUCGAAGACAAUGCAUUCAGUGGUGUGACAAAAUUAAAGACUCUGUAAGUUUGUUAGUCAGAAUUAGUAAUAGAAACUGUAAGUGUGAUAUUAUAAAUUAUUUAAAGAAUACUAAUACUCCAAAAUAUAAUAUCCCGUUUAUGGAUUUA